AUGACCAGUCUUCACUCGCUCUUUAAUCGACAGCGACCAGGGCCAUGGCAAAAGUUUCAGGCCCAGCCAUGCGUCUUUCUCGCACAAGUGCUUUACAAUUGGCGUAAACAUAUCCCAGCUACACCAUUCACAAAGCCCAUUGCAAUCGUCUGUAUCUCCGACACCCACAACACCCAACCCGACAUUCCAGAUGGAGAUAUCCUCAUCCAUGCAGGUGAUCUCACACAGUCCGGAUCAUUUCAGGAAUUGCAGGCCGCACUCGACUGGCUAAACACACUGUCCCAUCGCACAAAAAUCGUGAUCGCUGGCAAUCACGAGCUACUACUCGAUUCAGCAUGCGAUGAUUCAUCCGGCCUCCCAGCCUCUGAACGAGCACAACUCAACUGGGGCGAUAUUAUCUACCUAGAGAACUCAGAAGUAACAGUUGCCCACUCGAACGAUCGUCAAAUUCGAGUCUACGGAAGUCCUUACUCCCCUCGCCAUGGUAACUGGGCUUUUCAAUAUCCCCGCAAUGAAGAUGUAUGGGCUAGCGCAAUUCCAGAUGGAAUUGAUGUGCUUAUUACUCAUGGUCCACCACUUGGGCAUCUUGAUUUAUACAAAUUUGGCUGCCCUCAUCUACUAAAAAUGUUGUGGAGAGUUCGGCCAAGGUUACAUGUUUUUGGACAUAUACACGAGGGCUCGGGAACUGGAUGGAUGUUGUUUGAUGGGCUUCACGAGGCGUUUGAGUCUACUGUUGCUGCUGGAGGGGGGCUCAUGAAUCUUCUGCUUACGGGCGUGGAAUUUGUCAAGACUUUUCUUCGCCCUGCUGUGGAAGCGAGGUGUUUGCUUGUGAAUGCAUCUGUUGUUGGGGGUUUAAGGGAUGAGGAACGUAGGGAGCCAGUCAAGGUCUUUAUUUAA